AACGCAUCCUAGGUUGUAGUUCAGAUUGGGGUCGAGGCGGAUGUUAUUGUUAGCUCCAGCGGUGGAGGAGAAAAUGCAGUAGUCCCACACACAUUUGGAUGUUAUAAAGUAAUGGGCUGAGAUCCACCCACAUCCAAAAUGGCGAGAGACAGAAAGUGCAUCCUUUGUGAAACAGUCCACGUCUCCAAGCAGGAGAUGGAUGAGCACAUGAGAAGUAUGCUGCACCACCGUGAGCUGGAGAAGGUCAAAGGCCGGGACUGUGGACACGAGUGCAGAGUGUGCAAGGUAACGGUGGUGAGCCUGACCGAUUAUGCCUGCCACAUUUCCAGUCCCACGCACAAGCAGAAUGUGGAGGCUUCAGAGCAAAAGCAUGUGGGGAACGGCCACGAGGAGGACUACUUUGACCAGACACUGGUGGACCUGAUCGAAAAGAGAAAAGAACAGAUCAGAAAAGAGAAAGAGGCUGCUGCUGCGAAGCUGGCAAAAGAAGAAGAGGAUCGCCGGAGAAACGAGCAGUUUCAGCAGAGAUUAAAGGAAGCUAAGGAGCGUUACCGGCUCGGGUGUGGCUGGCAGCAGCCAUCACAGGUGUUUGGUGGACCUGGUCAGCACAAUUCUUGGUACAGGAACAACCAAUAUAAUGCCAAAGCAGAGGAGCCAAGACCCUGGCAAAAUAAUAAACAGGGAAAGAGUGCUACCUGGCAUGCACAGGAGCCUCCCAAUUUUCAGAAAUGGGCUUCUGAAGAGUUUGCUGGUAGAAGCUUGCAUAGCCAGGAAGGGUGGAACAGGAAGCAGUGGGAUCAGGGUGGAUUUUAUGGCAAUCAACAAAGUCGACUGCCUUGGAUCAGCAAUGGAGGCAGUAGGAACGGGAUCUAUGGCCAAAAUAAUAUUCCCCACUACCCACAAAGGGGCCGGCCUUUGUGGGUACAAAGGCCUCCUCCUAUGUAUCCACCUACCAACUGUUUUUUUGCCCAGGCUCUUGACCAGUUUCAAAAUACAGCCAAUGACCAGGGAGGUCAGCAGAGUGACAGACUUCAGAAUGGACAGGGGCAAACAGCAGAAUCUGACCACAACAGUAGUAAAAGCUCAAAGUCCUUUGGUAGCAACCCAAAGCUGGACAAAGCCUGUCGCUGGUCACCCUAUCCAGUUACAAAGAGCUUUGACCCUGUGCCCCAUAAGGACACUAACCCAAACUCAUCAGAGAAGAACCCCAAAGUCCCCAAACCCCAGAAGCAAGAAAAAGCACCAGAAACCAGUGCCUUUAACAGGCUGUCCCAACCUGAACAGAAACCAGGGCAGCUGGCCUCUAGUGGACAAAGUGUGGAAGACAAAGGGGGGUGUAAAUCAAACCCCAAAACCAAGCCCAAAGAUAAGAGCGACAGCAGCAGUAGAGACAGCAGUGCUCAGAGAGAAGGCCCCCAGAACUCUGCAUCUGGUCCUUCUAAUCAGAAGGCAAAUAAGCCAGUUCUGCAUAAAGAUAAGAAAAUAACCUCACUUCUUGGUCUCAACAUUAGAGCUCAACUUAGUAAGGCCUCCAGUCGAGCGUAUACACAAUCAAAGCCAACUGAAAAGCAGAGCGGACUCACUUAUAAAGCUCCACCUACUGUGCCCCUGAAAUCAAGGCAAGAACGGCAGCCCCCCGAAAGCCUCUGGAAAGUAAGACAGACUGUGUUAGAGAAGAGGGGGUCUUUGGAUAGCUCUAGUAACAACAGGAUGGAGGCGGCGCAGCACAUGGUUGAGGAGCAGGAGAAGGAUCAUGCUCAGAGUCAGAUAGGAGUAAACAAAGAAAAUAGCUGUAGUCAGAAUGCAGCUAAGCCAAAUUUGCCUGACUCAGUCAGGCCAGAAAAGCCUGCUUUACAAUCUACAGACAGCAGCCAGUUCCUCCAAUCUUUACAAGUUAGCACCUCUACCAUGGAGAGCUCACAGCCUGCAACCUCAAGCAAGGAAGAUGAGGAGAACAGGCAGAAAGUGGAGAAGCAGCAGACUUGCUCAGCAGCCCUAGAUGAAGCCAUGCAGGCCGCUGAUGCAGGGCAGAGCUCAGAGAGCGACACCUCCAAAAGUGGUGAAGCACAGACGGUCUCAGGGUCAAACACGAGUCUGUCCAAACUUGACCUGCCUCCUGUCUUAAAGCGUGACCUGACCAAACACAUCAGCUCCAAGAGCAAAACAGGAAGCCAUGAGCCCAACCUGAACAUUGCCAGACGGGUGCGAAACCUGAGUGAGUCACGGAGAAGUGACACAGAAAAGGACUCGGGGCUCAAACCGACUGUUCGGCAGCUCAUCAGCUCCUCUGGGUCUCGACGUAAUGUGAACUGGGAACAGGUGUAUCAGGAGGUCAGGAAGAAGCAAGACAAAGGGAAAGGCAUGCCAAGGUUUGGGAUAGAGAUGGUGCCAAAUGAGCAUGAGGACCACAGCCAGGAGGAAGAAGACAUUCCCCUGCUAGAGGGUUUGCACUGGGAUUCAUUAAUGGACAUCUCUGCUUGCGGUGCCUCCCGAAAACGCUCCUUAUCGGAGAGCAGCCUCGCCCCAGCAUCUGCUCCCUCCCUGUUUAUGUCCCUCAGGUCAGAGGAGAUGGUGCAAAGAGGGAGCCCCAGCUCAGAGCAGCAGGCCUCCUCAGUUUCUCCCACACUCACUGAAGGGAGCAAAGAUGAUCUGCAUCAGCAAGAGGUGGAGCAGAUGCUUGGUCAGUUUGAGGCUAAAGCACAGAAGCAGCCUGAAAAACUAAUGUCAGCGACGGUGAAGGCCCUGCAGCGAUCUGAUUCAGUGCUUGGGGACAGCAGUUCGGGGACGGAGCAGGUUGACGGUCAGGGUACAGGGAAGAGGCGAAGAGCAACUGGGGAUGUCCCAAGUGCAGAGACGUCCUGCUUGGAACACAAUAGUAAAAGACGGAAGGUCAAAUCCAAAAAAGAGCGUUUACAGAUCGACCAGCUGCUGGCUGUGUCUCUGCGAGAGGAAGAGCUGAGUCGCUCCCUGCAGACUGUGGACACCAGCCUGAUCCAGGCCCGGGCUGCACUGGAGGCUGCCUACAUGGAGGUGCAGCGUCUCAUGGUGGUUAAACAGCAGAUGACUGUAGAGAUGAGCACAUUGAGAAACAAGCGCAUUGAGUUACUAAAAGGGAUGCAAGUAGGUAGUGCGGAGGAGGCAGCUCCGAUCAAACUGAAAGAGGAAAAGAUGGAUUCCACAGAUAUGGACCCACACAUGUUCUCCCCUGUUACACUUUCCUCUGUUACGGACACUGUUGCUGCUGCUGUUGCUGCCCCUGCCCCCAGUCCUAGUCCUCCUACUCAGCGUGCCUCCCCUCCAUCUUCAAGCCUUCCCUUCAUGCCUGUAGUUAUCAAGCAGGAGCCCCAGUCUCCUGUCCAUGUCAGCUCAGAGCCAGAUCCCAUGGACACUAUAACCCACUGUGCUCACAGCACUACACCGGAGCUGCCUGUUGCUCCUGCUUCAGCCUCUCCACCAGAUCCUGUCAUUAACUUCCAGCCAUCUCCUGAAAGAAAGUCUGAGCUCUGCCGAACUAAUACACAGCAUCUUUGGGAGAAGUUUGAAGAGUCUGCAGACCCCAAAGAGAGCUUGUUGGGUCUGGUUGAGACCACAGAGAAGGCCAUACAGGCAUCAAGGAACUGCUUCACACCUUUGCCUGACUCCAAAACCUCCAUAAAGCUUUCACCCAGCAGGAGGGGCUCUGAGGUGGGGAGCAUUGUUGACUGUGCAGCCACAAAGUCUUUUGAGCCCCCCUCUGUGCCUUCAGUCCUUAAUCUACCCCCCUCUCCAUCUGAGCUGAGCAGCGGAAAGCGUGUGAGGAAGCUCAAGAAGAGGAAAGUGUUGAAGAAAGCUCAAGGGACGGAGCAGCCUGAGAGCAGUGACACUGAGAUAGAUGGAGAGCCCUUGAGGCCGAGGUGUCCUCGACCACGCAGGAGACCCAGUGGAGGUUCUCAGGUCAGCACCUCCACACUGUCCAAAGAAGACCGAGAGGGUGAUAUGAACAUGGAGAGUGGCAAGGAGGCGGUUGGGUAUCUGGUUCCCACCAUCAGACUCACAAGAAUAGACCACAGUUCCUUCAAACAGAUGGUAGAGCUUCCCCAGGUGGCCCCUGCUGAGCUGACAGUGAACUUAGAUUCAGAGGAAAGCAUGGAGGUCACCGGAGCCUGUCCGCAGCCCCAAACAGAUACCCCAGCUCCAACUCCCACUGCAGUCCAGGUCCCAGACUCCUCCAUACCUGAGCCACAGAGCCUGGCCUGCAACGAGGUCACCUCCACAAGUGACAUGGAUGUAUGUAAAUCCUCUGAGAGUGACAUGCCGUUUCCCGUCACAUUGCCCAAGCCAGUGAGGACCUCAUCAGAUGCUUCCUCUGACCACGGUGAGGAUGACAUGCCCACUGAGGGUGUGUUUGAGGGCCACCAGGAGGCGGUGAACGCCAUGCAGAUCCACAACGGACUGCUGUACACGUGCUCAGGAGACCGGACUGUCAGAGCCUUCGACCUGGUGAGUCAUAAAUGUGUUGGUGUGUUCGAGGGUCACAGCCUUAAAGUGAGCUGCCUGUUGGUGUCCGCGGCUCCCUCCCUGCAUCACCGCCUUUAUUCUGGUUCCAGUGAUCAGACCAUCCGCUGCUACAGUCUCAAGACACAAGAGUUUGAGCAGCAGUUUUCUCUGUCAGACCGAGUCCUCUGCCUUCACAGCCGCUGGAGGACUUUGUACGCAGGCCUGGCAAAUGGCACAGUGGUGACCUUUAACCUCAAGACAAACAAGCAGAUGGAAGUGUUCGAGUGCCACGGGCCGCGGGCCGUGAGCUGUCUGGCCUCGUCUCAGGAGGGAGCCCGGAGGAUCCUGCUGGUCGGCUCCUAUGACAGCACCAUCAGCGUGAGAGACGCCAAGAACGGACUCCUGCUGCGCACACUGGAGGGACACACCAAAACUGUGCUCUGCAUGAAGGUCGUCAAUGAUCUGGUAUUUAGUGGUUCCAGUGAUCAGUGUGUCUACGCACACAACAUCCAUACUGGAGAGCUGGUGCGGGUCUAUAAAGGUCACAGUCAUGCUGUUACUGUAGUGGCCAUCCUGGGGAAAGUGAUGGUGACCGCCUGCCUGGACAAACUGGUCCGUGUCUACGAUCUACAGUCUCAUGACCAGCUGCAGGUCUAUGGUGGACACAAGGACAUGGUGAUGUGCAUGGCUAUCCACAAGAACAUGAUCUACACAGGCUGUUAUAACGGCAGCGUGCAGGCUGUCAAACUGAACCUGAUGCAGAACUACCGCUGCUGGUGGCACGGCUGUUCGCUGGUCUUUGCGCUGACGGAGCAUCUGCAGCAGCACCUGAUCAACGACCACACCAGUGCCAACUUCCAGACGCUCAAGUGCCACUGGAAAAACUGUGAAGAGUUUUUCUGUGCACGCAACAUCUCCAAGCAGGGGAUGCUGGUGCACAUGCAGAAACACGCUGAGGAGGAGACUGAACUGGAGCCUUAAGGGCCAGUGGUGGGAACACUGUUUCCUCCUGAGCCCUCUUCCCUUCCUUGCUAUCUUUACCCCCCCUCCUUUGUUAACCUCCCAUAUUGGGGGGGAUGUUCUGGGACCCACUUCCCUUUGCAGCGCUCCUGUUGAGCCUGACAAGUGGCGUCUGACGACUCCAUCCUUUAUGUUCGAUGUUGGAAUCCAACCAUAAUACAAUCAUGAAGGGAGGGUUGGUUGAGCUGUUUGUUAUUUCUUUUUUUACGUUCUACAAAACACGCCUUCCUCUCUUUCUGUCUGACCACUGCAGUUCCUCUUUUCACUGACCAAAGUAAGACAAAGAAAUAUGUGACUUUUUUUUAUUGAAGAAACUUCAGUGUUGCCAGCAUCAGAGGGAUUUGUCAUGCUUUUCGAUUUUUCUGAAAGUGCAACAAAAACCAAUAAUCAUCUUCCAGAUUGGUUGGCUAGAAUAUGGCAUGGGUUAAAAGAUGUUUUUAUUGUUGUUGUGCAGUUGUGAUGUGUCAUGUUGAGCAACCUAUAGUUAUUUUUCUUUUCUUUUUUUGUUUUCAUUUAUUAAGUUGCCAUUAUUCAUUCAAAGUAACCUUAUGUUAAUGGCAAUAAUGAUUUUACGUUUUCAGAAAUUUAUGUUGUAGUCUCCCAGGUUAACAACUGUUUUGAAGGAGUUUCAUUGAAGUGACAGAAUUUAUUUAUUUUUUUGGUUUGGUUUUUAUUUUAUUUUCAGAAAAACCCAGUCUCUAACAGGUUAGUGGUUUAGGAUUACAUCUCUUUAUUUUUUUGUUGCUCAUUCAGGUGAUUUAAAGGUGUUGAGGGACUUUGGUGCAGUGUUGUGUGACUUGGCCUGAAGUUGCCAUUUGAGAAUUUAUUUACAUUUGCAGUGAUAACAGAACCAAGACAUUGACAUGGUGGUGUGUGUGUUCCUACAUGUGUUUAUCUGUGUGGGUUUAUUCCUCAUAAUUCUCAACAGAGUGGUUUAAGGAACUCUGUUUUCCAUGAGUGAGUGUGAAGUACUGUUUUAAUAUAAUGCGAUUUCCUCCUCGCAAAUAGCUGUUUUUUUUUUGUUUUUGUUUUUUUUAAAUUUAUUUUAUAUUUGGAGCAUCGAGGAGAAGGCACCGGAACUGUGUUUUUCCACAGUGAUGAUAGUUUUCUAAAGAAGUGUGGAGGUGAAGGAUGUUUAGAGGAGGUGUUUGAUGGAAGAGCUUGAAGGAAAGAACUAGGAUUCAUCUCCCAUGCCAUACCUCACCCCCUCAAACACUCAAACACAGGCAAGUUGGUAACACAAAGCCACUUUUAUAAGGGCAUAUUCAACCAGUUUUAAUCAGCGUAAAAGCCCAGUUGAUGCUCUCUUUGGCAGACUUUGUGUGGUUUCAGCUCUCUUGGUCGUAUUUGUUAACCUGACGUUCUCAUGGCCGCCAUCUUCCAAACUCUCCUCACCCAUUAGUUAUUUACAACUGAGGAAAGCGUGCAGUUCACCUCUUACCUGGCAUUCCUGAGUUUCUUCUUUUAUCAAAGUUGUGACAAGAUAUUUUUUAUGGAAGUGCAAUCUAAGAAAUUGUAAUUAAUAAUAAAAAAAAUAUUGCAACGUUAUAGAA